CAUACCCGCCAUGACGAGCUCCUUCACACCCGUACCAUCGGGGACUCGUGGCUUCAGACUUGCCCAGGAGCGGGAAUUCCACAAGUACUACCCUCAUCGUUCCUCCAGUUCCGAUCUCAGUUUGCAAUACCAAUCCCAAGCUCCUCGAGGCACGACAGACGACCGUUGCAUCAGACCAUGUCGCGACACUGCCCUUGCCGCUUUUGCCCAGUUGGGUGCCCUCCGCCUCAACGCCCGACGGGCAAUCAUUUCGCUUUUCGAUCGCACCCACCAACAUGUUCUUGCCGAGGCGACAAAGACCCUGAGUUUACAAAGCGACACCGUACACGAGCUGGAGGAUAGACUAUGGUUGGGGGUCAGGGUAAUACCAAGGGAAGACAGCGUCUGUAGCCACGUCACAAGCCUUCCGGUGCCACACUCGUGGAAGAAAGGUAACAUGAUGACCACGGAUGGACCCGUUCUGAUCGUGUCGGAUAUCCGAGCGGAUGAACGAUUCCAGCAGUCAACUUUUGUCAAAGAUACCCCUGAUGGCAUUCCCCAUGCACGAUUCUACGCCGGUGUGCCGAUUGUGAGCCCGAAGAGUAUGAUUAUCGGCUCAUACUGCAUCUUGGACGACGAACCCCGCGAUCACCUCGAUGCUCCGUCGCUGCAGUUUCUGAGGGAUAUGGCGAUGACAGUAAUGAACCACUUGGCCAUGGCACGUUCCAAGGACGAGCGCCGCCGUGGGGAGAGAAUGAUUGACGGCCUUGGCAGCUUUAUUGAAGGCGAAGCUACUCUGCGUGGAUCGAAGCCACGGAAAAUCCCGACUUCCAAUGGUGAGGUGGCAGAGGGACGCCUUGACGCCCGGCAACAGAGCUUGCAGGAUGCGCUCAACGAACAACAAAGUACAUCCGACGAGUGUCGCGACACGUUGAUCGGCUCCUUACCGCAGCCCCAUGAAAAGCAUGGGCAUGGAAAGUCUGCCGAAUCCAAGGCGUCGGAUAAGAAGGGACCUGACAAUCCUAAAAAUGGUAUACUUUCAACCGGUGUCGAGCAAGCGUUCGCUCGCGCUGCCAAUAUUCUCCGCGAAUCCAUCGAAGUGCAGGGAGUGGUCUUCUUCGAUGCGAGUAUCAGCUCUUACGGCGGGAGGGUGCACAGUUCAGCCGAUAAAAGAGUGGACCCUGACCAAGCCUCUGACAGCCGCGUUUCAAGCAGUGAUGAUGGGAAAUCUUCAGAUGGCUCAAUAACGCGUGAUAAAGGUUCACGGUCGGCUGGUAGUGGUAGCGCCACUGGCUGUCAAAUACUCGGUUUCUCAACAUCCACGGCUUCCAGCAUCAAUGGCGACAAAGGGUUCAUGGAUAAGAUUAACAUGCGGGAAUCUUUUCUCCAGUCUCUCCUUCGCCGAUAUCCCCAGGGAAAAAUUUUCAAUUUCAACGAGAACGGUUCUUUGUCUUCUGGUGAGACUAGCGAUGGAAUUAUUAGUAACACGAAGGAAGUAAAAACUCCUGCGCCGGGUCUAGGUGCAGAGCUACAGCGGCGUCCUGUACGCAAGAAGAAGACGCGAGAAGAAAAGCGCAGAGACGAGGCCGCAAAUAUCAUAAGCAUCUUCCCUGGAGCCAGAAGCGUCGCAUUCCUUCCGAUGUGGGACUCACAUCGAGCUAGAUGGUUUGCGGGUACCGUCGCGUGGACAUGCACUGCCGAGCGAAUCUUUACUGCCGAGAUGGACCUUUUGUUUCUCUAUGCAUUUGGCAAUAGCCUGAUGGCCGAGGUCAAUCGGUUGGAUGCCGAAAUGAAGGUCAAACAGCACGCCACUCUGGUCAGCAGUAUAUCCCAUGAGCUACGCAGCCCUCUCCAUGGGAUCCUUGGAAAUUCCCAACUUCUUUACGACACCCAGAUGAACUCGAUGCAGCUCGAACUUACCAACACUAUUGAGUCAUGCGGACAGACCCUUUUAGAUGUGAUUAAUCAUCUAUUGGACUUUGCAAAGAUUGACCAUCUCAUGGCGAAACCUGCACUUGACAAACAAAAAAGCGGUUCCAAGUCUCCAGGCCGACGCAGUCUGCUAUCAAAAGCCGCGCAAAACAAAAAUAAAGUAAAGGCUGGCACUGGAAUGAUCAGUUUGACUGAGACGGUUGAGCUCGAUGCCAUUGUUGAAGAGGUCUUGGACGCUAUAUAUGCGGGGCAUUGUUUCUAUCGCGUACCAAAAUGGAAGUAUCACGGAUUGGACACGGUCAUGUCCGCGGAAGAUCGGCGCACGUCUACUGAUAAUGCCAAACUUGCCGGCCUGAGAAACAAUGUAUCCAUUAUUCUGGACAUAGAUAAGGACGUCAACUGGAAAUUUGACACUCAACCGGGUGCCUGGCGUCGAAUUCUGAUGAACAUCUUCGGCAACGCACUCAAGCACACUGACAGUGGGUUUAUCCAUGUGAGCGUACGGUCUCUGCCAUUGCACGGACCUGUCAGGAAAGAGGGGUUGUGCAAAGAUAAUAUGAGUCUAAGACCCGUACAAGGAGACGAGAAAUCACGCCUGCUACUCACAGUCAAGGAUACCGGCAGUGGUAUCAGCAAGGAGUACCUGGAAAACCACAUAUUCACCCCCUUUUCACAGGAGAAUCCACUGUCUCCUGGAAAUGGACUGGGGCUGAGUAUCGUUCGUCAGACAAUCCAAUCACUCGGUGGAGAGGUCAACAUCCGAUCGACCGUGGGAACAGGAACUGACGUGUCUAUAAGUCUCGAUCUUGGCCAAUUGCACGCAAACACUGCACAGGACAAGGAACCAAGCUCCUUGAAGCAAGCACAGCAAGCCGUGAACGGUAAAACCAUAGGAUUUAUGAGGUUCAGUCUCCUACCCGAGGGAGAGUGCGAUGCGCAAGACCGCCUCCAGGCAUCUUUCAAGGCACAGUGCGAACACUGGUUUGGGAUGAAAGUCAAGAUCAUCGAUAUGGCGAACGACGACUUUCAGUGCUGUGAUUAUUAUUUUGUCACACAAACAGAUGCUGGGAAUGUGGAGGGACUAUCUACUCAUGUGAGUAUCAUCAAUAGGAAGAAAAAGACACAGUGCCUUGCUUCUCCAUUAAUCGCUCUCUGCAACAUGCCGAGUGACGUACAGGCAAUGAUUGCACUCAAGAGGGAAUGCACAGAGCCUGGGAUAAUCGAGGUUAUCAGCCAGCCAUGUGGACCGCGCAAGCUGGCCAAGGCUCUCAACUUGUGUCUUGCCCGACGUCUCAGCCCUACUGAAGGAUCUGGAAACGUUAUUUCCGAAACAGUUCACGACGAGUCUGGAAUUGCAGAACCGGAAACUACAAGCGAGAAGAGAUUACAGAAUGGAGACGAUGAAUGUUCUUUACCAAUGGGGCGUGUUAUUAAGAAAUCCAAGCAUGCCGUCGAGAAUCCAGAGCUCGAUAUUCCAGGCUCGCCAACCAAGCUCACAACCCUUACAUUACAGCCUCCCAAGACCGGAAAAAACGGGAAAUCCUCCCCUUUGACUGUGUUAAUAGUUGACGACAACAAAAUCAACAUGCAGCUCCUGGUGGCCUUGAUGAAAAAAGAAAAGUACCCCCACGCGACAGCCACCAACGGACUGGAGGCAUUAGAGGCGUUCAAAGCAGACCCCGGCCGGUUCGGGGCGAUUCUCAUGGAUAUAACAAUGCCCGUCAUGGAUGGCCUUACGGCAACACGAGAAAUCCGUCGGGUGGAGCAGGAGUAUCACACCGGCCUCGAUACAUGUGCUAAGGAAUCAUGGAAGCCGGCGACGAUUGUUGCCGUGACCGGUCUUGCCAGCGCUAGUAUCCAACAGGAGGCGUUCAGUUCUGGCAUUGAUUUGUUUUUGGCCAAACCUAUUCGGUUUCAGGAGUUGAGGGUUAUUUUGGAAUCAUCAAAGUAGGAGUUUAUCUGGGCGUACGGUAGGUUACAUAGAUGGGUGUACUA